GCGGAAGUUGCUUGCUCAUCCUCAGACAGUUUCAAAGAUGGCGCUCGCUAGUGUGUUGAACCGUGAUUGUGCGGAUUUUUCUUUUGAUAAUUGUCAGCCUCAAACUUUUGGAUGUGGACCCGGGCAGAGCGGCUUCGGGUUCGACGCCACGCCGGGAGAUGGUCUCAGUUUUGAUGUGAGGAACCCGCUGUGUGCCGUGGACGAGGACGGCGUCGAGAGGAAGAUCGAGUUUCUCCAUGGAACCACCACCUUAGCGUUCAAAUUCCAGCAUGGUGUUAUUGUAGCGGUGGACUCCCGGGCCACAGCAGGCUCUUACAUCGCGUCCCAGACCGUGAAGAAGGUGAUAGAGAUCAACCCCUACCUGCUGGGAACCAUGGCUGGAGGAGCCGCAGACUGCAGCUUCUGGGAGCGCCUGCUGGCCCGUCAGUGUCGCAUCUACGAGCUUCGCAACAAGGAGCGCAUCUCUGUGGCAGCCGCUUCCAAACUACUCGCCAACAUGGUGUACCAGUACAAAGGCAUGGGACUCAGCAUGGGAACCAUGGUGUGUGGCUGGGACAAGAGAGGGCCAGGGCUGUACUACGUCGACUCAGAGGGGAACCGGGUGUGCGGUGACCUGUUCGCUGUCGGCUCAGGUUCCAUGUACGCCUACGGUGUGAUGGACAGCGGCCUGAGGCAGGAUCUGUCCGUCGAAGAGGCCUGCGAGCUGGGCCGCCGCGCCAUCUACCAGGCCACAUACCGUGACGCCUACAGUGGAGGGCAGGUCAACCUGUACCACGUGCACAGCGAGGGCUGGACCAGGGUCUCCCAGGAAGACGUGCUCAUGCUGCACCAUCAAUACAAGGAGCAGGCAUAGUCACUCAAAACCAAGAGCGCAGAGUGCACAAGGGUUAGGAGUUUAUUCUUGUAGCUGAUGUUUGAGGUAUUCCGAAAUGUAAGUAGGGUUGACACAUGAAUAUUAAGGACUCAUACACUGAUUGAUUUCCACUUGCAUUACUUCUCUGACACAUUUUGACUUGUUGUUAACUUAAAGCUUUAGAGUACAUUUUUAAAGAAUGCCAGUGAGCUCCACUCAGCCCGCACACGGCAUGAUUUGGGCUGCAGAGAGAGGGAGGGUGAUGACUCAAACAUGCUUUAAUACAGUGUGGGAGUAGUGUGCUGCUUGCCCUACAUACGAUUCAUUUGGAUCUACCCUGAAAAACUACAUCUUUCACAAUAAAAACCUGUUCUUUUUUUCAAAA